GUUUAUAAACAGUGUAAAAAAUGUUUUUUUACCCAAAUGUCCUCCACCGCCAUACUGGCUGUUUUUCCACAAUUUGGUUAGCAGCUACCAGAGGUGUCCGAGUCACACGCAGAGAGCUUCUCAAAGUCAAUGUCAGAAGAACAUGUGGAGACAUCAUGGCUUACGUGACAGCUGAGGUUCCUGCACCUCAACCGAACCUACCAAAGCCACGAUUCUCCCUCUACCUGUCAUCCCAGUUGCAGUAUGGCGUGGUUGUCGUCUUCCACAGACAGUGCGGCUUCCUGCUCGAGGAGGUUCAACAUACCAUCGAUCGCCUGCUGCGCUCUCAAAUGCAAAUGCGUAUUGACAUGGCUGACCCUGACAGGCUGGCUUUGGAUUUGCCUGAUAACCUGAAUAUGAUGAAUGAGGCUGAGGGAGCUCAGGAUCCCUUCUUUGGCCUUGUGGAGUCACACCAACUGCCCAGUCCCUAUAAUGUACAGCAGCAGGAGUUGUUGAUUGAAAAAGUGAUUUCUCAGCAUUCUCUGGUGUAUAGUACCCACGUCACACAUGACAACGAGGACUUCAAGUCACCUCCAGCUGCCAUCACCCUGAAGGAGCCGCUGGUCAUCACUGCUGCUGAGGGUUUUGAGGGGCUUGAACUUACUGAAGUCACUAACAGAGAAAUUGACUUGCUGAUGGAUCAACGCGACCAGUUUCUUAGAGAAGCAGAGGAGCAGCAGUACACACAGGCAGCCGUGUCUUCAGUUGACCAGCUGAAGGAGACGGUGGUGGGAACAGAGCGGGACAGUUUGUGGAUACUGGCGGAGAAAACUGGUCCUCCUCUGGAGGGUCCUCCAGCAUCUACCUCCCUGGAGAUGACCCCCGUGCAGGUUGCUAUGCCAGUGCCACCAUCUAGGUCUCCUGAGGAAGAAGGAGAGCUGGAGAAAGAGAGUUCAGAUGGACAGUUGUAUAAACAUGCAUUAGAAGGCUCAUGUGGGCGUGUCAACUCUUGCAGUCAUAAUUUCCUUUCCACGUGUGCGUGCGUGUUCUCACAGUCUUCAUUCGGUAAAGUUGUGUUUGUGUCACUCCCUCACCAGGUGCUCGUUCAUCCUACUACGAAGCGCAGUCGAAGUCGCAGGCGUCAGCUGGUUUUCACUGACCCUCACAUUCAGAUAUCAGAAGAAAUGAUGAAAGAACAGAUCAGAAACCUGCAGGCUGAGACGCUGGAUCUGUCUGAGAUGCUGCUGGUCCGGCCCUUCAUGAUUAAGCACGCCACUCCUGCUCAACUCUUCAGUGGCCCCUCUGGCUCCCUGCUUCACACUGACCUCCAGUCACUAUGGAAACAGUGUGCCUUGCUCCCCACCCUGCACACUUACCAGGGAGGGGAGGAAGAGAAGGAUGAAGAAGAAGAGUCAACAGGACAUUCUGAGCAGGACAGAGAAAUCCUGAGGAGGAUGAGGCAGUCAGGCAUGAAGGAGAUGCACAGUGAGUCUGGACUGCACCCCACUGAGCCCUCAUCUGCAUCAGAUGUCAUCCUGGACAUGUCCAAAGAGGACAAAUCCCUCAGCGAUGUGAUCACUCCUUUCAGCAGAUGGUCUCCACAAAAGGAGCCCCAGUUGCCAAUGGAACCCAUAUCUGAGGAAAACAUUGUGAUUCCUGAAGCAGAGAGCGGUGAAAUUUUGAGCUGGAUCUCCUCCAGCCUGCAGACGUGUGGAGAAAUCACCUUCAGUGCGCUGCUGCCCCCAGAGGCUGACCGCACCACUGCAGCUCACACACUCUCCAAACUGUUGGAGCUGCUCUCUGACAGGCAGGUCAUUGUACAACAGAAUAAACCCUACAGUGACAUCAUUGUGAAACCUGGAGCACUCACCGUGAUGACCUGAAGACACACAAACCUGCAGUUUUAUGUUUUUAGUUAAUCCUAUGUUUUUAUUCAUUCAUUGUUUUUGUUCUUUUAGUAAUUUGCUGUUUUAAAGGUUUUAAAACAUGUUAAUCUGGUUUUAAUGUGUUCUCGUGUUCAAUUUUUAAAAUAUAUUAUCUACUAAAUUUUGCUUAUUAAUUGUUCAUGUGCUGUUUUUUAAAGUUGUAAACAUGUCAAGGAGGGAGAAGAUUUUUAUACUGUUGGUAUGUUCUGUAUGAGUUUUAUACGUUCUGAUUAUUUUAACCGUGAAUAAAAUGUUAUUUGCAUAG